AAGCGGACACGACGAGGAAGUCGAGGCGAAGAGCGAGGGUUCGCGUCGAUUAAUGGCGACGGCUUCCCCAAAUGUAGCUAUCCCCGGCGCGAGCGGAGACGCAUCACCAGGAGGCGACGAGUAAAGAGGGCGACUCAUGGAGACCGACAGGGUUCCUCUUCCUCCUUCCUCUUCUUGGAUCCAGUCGUCGUCGUUGAUCGCGAUUAUCUAGCGGAAUUCCGGCUGAAGGACCACCAGGGCGAAAGAAAGGGAUUGUUGAUGUUUUUUACAGGACUUUUCAAAACUUAGGACUAGCAUGGCUGAACAGAAUCAAGAGACUGUCCCUGUUCCCGUGAACUUACCUUUGAAGCGCAAACGCGGGCGUCCCCAAAAGGUUCAAGCUGCUACGAAUUCAAGUCUUGGCAUUCAGGUUACUCCAAAUCAAGUUGAUCUUGCUGCCUUUUCUGGCAUGAGUCCUCAAACUCUUCCGUUUCACACCCUUCCGAAGAUCGAUUUUGAUCCAACUGUCCAUUCGAGAAGUGUAUGCUUCGCGCACCACUCUGAAGUUAACCCAACUCAACCUAAUUCUGCUGCCGCUUCAAGCCAAAAGACUAAUGGUCUACUCGGGCAGAGUGUGUGUGGCACGCUUGAUGGAACCUUUGAGGCUGGUUAUCUGCUAACCGUCAAAGUAGCUAGCACCGAUCAUGUCUUGAAGGGUAUAGUGUUUGAUCCUCUCCGCUGUGCCCCUAUUUCAGAAGAGAAUGAUAUCGCGCCAUUGAUUCCCAUGGCAAGGCCGAUUGGAAACUUACAUUUAGCAGUUGAAAAACCUAGUCAGGCACUCAUUUCAGUGCCAGUCCGUCCUGCCUCUUCAUCAUUCGAUGCCGUGUUGCCCGUCCAGAGGAACAUACCCCCUUCAGACUCAAAAUCUGCAAACCAAUUGCUGACGCCCCCUAACCUUCCACUAUCUGUGGCUAAUAACUCUUCUGUGCUCAAUACAAAUGAAGCAAUACCGAAAGUUACGGAGUCUGCACCUCAAAAUGCAGCUGUUGAUGAAUCCCAAGCAGAGACUUUCCUUGCUAACAAAGAAAAUCCUCAGAUGACCUCUGCAGUCCGUUCAGAUGAUCGAAGCAAAAACGUUAUCGAGCCUCACGGAGCAGAAUCAUCUGCCAACAUAAACACGGUGGAAAUCUCAGGACCAAAUCAAAGACAGCAUCCCUUUGAAGAUCUAUUACAUGGCAGUGUGCCACAACAUUGUGAGCAAGCAUCUGACAGGGGGCAAAGCUGUAGAGCUCUAAAGUUGCAGGACGAGUUACGGAACCCUUGAAAUGGAGGGACUUGUUAGGUUUAGAACUAGUAGGAAGAAUUAGAAGUAGGUACAGUAGUUGGAAGAAACGUGAAACAGACCGCAGUUUUUUGUUAUCCAAAUGAACUGUAAAUUUUACUGGCUGCGUGGGUGAAUUUCUCUGUUCACAAGCCUGUCCUUGACAAAGCAGCUGCCUAUUUUGUGUUUAGGUUUUACGAUGAAUAAAUAAAAUAAUCAGACCACCAAGAAUCUUUGGCAA